AUGCUCGCCGCAAGAGGUCAGGCCCUUAGAAGGCUAGGUGCAAGAACACUGGCUACAACGGUUGAGUCAAUACCGUUGCCCAAAGGCUUCGAGUCGCGUACACCCCCAUACGAGAAGCUGAUCAACAACCUGACAAAAGUAAAGCGUGUGUUGAACAACCAACCACUCACUUUGGCGGAAAAGAUCCUCUAUGCCCACUUGGUGAACCCAGAGGAACUACCCUCUACUACCUCUCAGAUCCGGGGUCAACAAUAUCUCAAGCUGAACCCAGACAGAGUGGCCAUGCAAGAUGCUUCUGCUCAGAUGGCUCUUCUCCAAUUCAUGACUUGUGGAAUGCCCUCGACCGCAGUUCCAGGAUCCAUUCACUGUGACCAUCUGAUCGUGGGCAAGUCCGGAGCCGAGUCCGAUCUCAAAAGUUCCAUUGCCACGAAUAAAGAAGUUUUCGACUUCUUGCAGUCGUGUGGUGAGAAGUACGGAAUUCAAUUCUGGGGCCCUGGCUCCGGAAUUAUCCACCAGAUUGUCCUGGAGAAUUUCUCCGUGCCCGGUCUCAUGAUGCUUGGAACCGACUCCCACACCCCAAACGCAGGUGGUUUGGGUGCAAUUGCCAUUGGAGUUGGUGGAGCAGAUGCCGUGGAUGCCUUGACCGGAACUCCUUGGGAGUUGAAGGCCCCCAAGGUGCUGGGAGUCAAGCUGACAGGAACGCUUAAUGGCUGGACUUCGCCAAAGGACAUCAUCACCCAUCUUGCUGGUCUGCUCACUGUUAGAGGAGGAACCGGCUACAUUGUCGAAUAUUUCGGAGAAGGUGUUGAAACGCUUUCGUGCACAGGAAUGGCUACUGUUUGUAACAUGGGAGCCGAGAUUGGUGCUACUACCUCGACGUUCCCAAUGCAGGACGCUCAUUACAGAUAUCUCCAGGCCACUGGAAGAGGUCCCAUUGCCGAGGUUGCCAAGAUGGUCAAUUCUAAAUAUGGAUACAUGACUGCUGAUGAAGGAGCUGAAUAUGACCAAAUUGUUGAGAUUGACCUGAACACACUUGAGCCAAGUGUGAACGGACCAUUCACUCCAGAUCUUUCCACCCCAAUAUCGCAGUUGGGAGACACCACAAUCAAGAACGGCUGGCCAGAGACGGUUUCCGCUGGUCUGAUUGGAUCAUGUACCAACUCCUCGUACCAGGAUAUGUCCAGGGCCGCUUCUAUCAUUAGGCAGGCCGAAGACGCAGGUCUCAAGCCCAAAAUCCCAUUUUUUGUGACUCCCGGUUCUGAGCAAAUUAGGGCCACUAUAGAGAGAGAUGGUCUAAUUUCGACCUUCGAGAGAAACGGAGCCGUUGUGUUGGCCAAUGCGUGCGGUCCAUGUAUCGGCCAAUGGGACCGUGGUGACAAUGCUCCUAAAGACACCAAUGUCAUCUUCACCUCGUUUAACAGAAACUUCAGAGCCAGAAACGAUGGUAACAGAGACACUAUGAACUUCUUGACUUCGCCAGAUAUCGUGACCGCCAUGAUCUACUCUGGUGACAUGUCGUUCAAUCCUUUGACCGAUUCUGUAAAGCUUCCAAAUGGCGGAGAAUUCAGAUUCAAGCCACCAACUGGUGAUGAAUUGCCUGAUGAAGGUUUUAUUGCUGGUCGCAAGGAGUUUUACCCAGAGCUGGAGCCCAAGCCUAAGCCUGAGGUCCAGGUGAAUGUUUCCCCAGACUCCGAUAGAUUGCAAUUGUUGACUCCGUUUGAAAAAUGGAAUGGUGAGGAACUCAAGACGAACGUCUUGGUUAAAGUUGAAGGCAAAUGUACCACGGAUCACAUUUCUGCGGCUGGUGUUUGGCUCAAGUACAAGGGUCAUCUCGAAAACAUCUCCAACAACACCCUGAUUGGUGCCCAGAAUAAAGAGACUGGUGAGGUUAAUAGAGUAUACGAUUUCAACGGAGAUGCCUACGGAAUCCCCGAGUUGAUGAUCAAAUGGAAGGAGGAGCACAGACCUUGGUGUGUUGUUGCCGAGCACAACUACGGAGAGGGUUCUGCCAGAGAGCACGCUGCUCUUUCCCCUAAAUUCCUUGGCGGCCAAAUGAUUCUCGUGAAAUCUUUUGCUAGAAUUCACGAGACCAAUCUGAAGAAACAGGGUAUGCUGCCAUUGACAUUUGCCGAUGAAUCGGAUUAUGACCGUGUCUCUUCGUGUGAUCUACUUGAGACUGUUGGACUGAAGGAGCUAAUUGAGAAGAGAGGUGACAAUGGCGGAUCUUUGACCGUGAAAGUGACCAAGAGAAAUGGUGAAACCUUUGAGAUCCAGACCAAGCACACGAUGUCCGAGGACCAGGUCGACUUUUUCGUGGCUGGAUCUGCUAUCAACUUCAUUGGGGCAUCCAAAAGCGCAUAG